GCUUUAGUCGGCGUCGCUGGGGGUUGUGGGCGGGGCCUAGUGACAGCUGUUUCCGGGUGUGGGCCGCACGUGGUUACCACGGAGAGCUGUGUGGGAGCCGGUUGGUGUCAGUGAGCUUGGCAGACCGCCAUGUCCGCGAUCCACACGGAGGGAAGUCGCGGCUCGGCCGCUGUGUUCCCGGAGAUCAGCGCUGACGAUGAGGAGCAGCAGCCGACAGAGAUAGAAUCCCUCUGUAUGAACUGCUACAAGAACGGGAUUACUCGAAUUCUUCUUACCAGAGUUCCAUUUUUCAAAGAGAUCAUUGUCAGUUCAUUCACAUGUGAGGAAUGUUCCUGGAGCAACACAGAAGUCCAGUCAGCUGGUCGUAUUCAGGAGCAAGGUGUUCGAUACUCACUGAGUGUUAGAAACAAACGGGAUUUGAACCGUGAGGUCGUCAAAACAGAUUAUGCAACCACACGGAUACCAGAACUAGACUUUGAAAUUCCAGCAUGCACCCAAAAAGGAGCUCUUUCUACAAUUGAAGGAAUCUUGGAGAGAACCAUCCUGGGUCUACAGCAGGAACAGCCUCUGCGUAGGGCUGAUAAUGAGCAAGUGGCAGAGAAAAUUGAUGGAUUUAUUGCAAAACUUCAGCAUUUGAGAGACGGGGAGACACCGUUCACCCUUAUUCUUGAUGACCCAUCUGGAAACAGCUUUGUGGAGAAUCCAUUUGCCCCUCAGAAGGAUGAUGCCCUCACGACUGCUCAUUACAAGAGGAGCACAGACCAGGACAGAAUGUUAGGAGUUGAAAAUUCUGUUUCUCAGGAAGAUGAUACAGAGAAGCCUGGGGUUAGCCUAGAAAAGCCUGGGGUUGGCACGGAAGACCUGAAAGAUGAGGUCUUGAAGUUCCAUACGAACUGUCCAGAGUGCAACGCUCCUGCAGCAACAAACAUGAAACUAGUGCAAAUUCCACACUUCAAGGAAGUCAUCAUUAUGGCAACAAACUGUGACUCCUGCGGCCAUCGAACAAAUGAGGUGAAAUCAGGUGGUGCUAUUGAACCUCUUGGCACUAAAAUCACAUUGCUUAUAACAGACCCAUCUGACCUUUCUCGGGACAUUCUAAAAUCUGAGACUUGCAACGUUAACAUUCCAGAACUAGAAUUUGAGAUGGGAAUGGGAGCUUUGGGGGGGAAGUUCACUACGUUGGAGGGUCUCCUUAAAGAUAUUAGAGACUUGGUGGUAGAUAAAAAUCCAUUCACUCUUGGUGACAGCUCCACAUCUGAAAGGAAAGUAAAACGUCAGGAAUUUGGCAAGAAGAUUGACGAGAUCGUCGAAGGACAGUUAAAAGCUCAUAUAAUUCUUGAUGAUCCUGCUGGCAACAGCUACCUCCAGAAUGUUUAUGCACCAGAACAAGACCCAGAAAUGACGAUAGAAAGGUACGAGCGGACAUUUGAACAGAAUGAAGAUCUGGGAAUUAAUGACAUGAAAACCGAGGGAUACGAAGAGAACGGCUGUUAACCAGACAUGCUGGUGGACUCCUUACUCCUUAAUACAAUACAGACUGAGCAUUCACGUGGUUUUCCUAGCGAGUAGUGCUUGCAGGUUAUCAGAAUAUGGGUUGGGAGAGUCUAAUUGGAACACAGGAUAACAUUUUAGUGUAAAUUUUUCAAAUGUAACAUUAUAUGGGAACAUAUAGCCAAGAAACAAUUCCUAGCAGCUACAAUCUGCUAAAAUGUUAAGUGUCAAGUCUAAUUCCCUACCCCUCUGGUAAUGUGGGUCUCCAAAUAGGAGAAAGCGGGUGCAAUCAUAGUAUAAAGAGCUUUACUUGUUGGCCAUCAACAGACUUGUAUUUAUCAGCCUCUAAGUUUCUAUUCAUGCUAAUCACACUGCCUAUUGAAUGUGCGGGCUGGAUUCAUGUAGGACAGCAAUUUCUGUUAUUGAUCCUCUGACGUUAAUGCCUUAUCCCCUUUGUACACAUUAGUUAAGAUAUAUUGAAUAGAGAGAUUCCCCUCUCAUCACACAAGAAAGAUUUAUAGACCUGCAUUUCAGGGGAUAUGGCAAUCUAGUGUGAAAACUGGUCUUUGGCUAAUUAGAGGAAAAAACAUCAAAAAUAUUUUUUGGGAAAAAAAAUAUUUACAUUCAAAAUAUAUCUGCUUGCUUCUCUCUAGAUAUUGUCUGUAAAAUGACAGAUUCUAGAGAUUGGUGCCACGGUUUCUUUUUUUUUUAGGCCAGUAUGAGCCAUAUUUAAGUUAACGUGAAUGCCUUUCUUUGUGUUAGUUUUAGAAAGCAAUGUAUUUGUAUUAGCAAUGCAUUUUAGGAAUAUAAAAUCCUAUUUUGAAGGAUUUAUGCUGCAGUGUAAAUGAAUAAAGAUGGUCUGUAAAUAUGUAGACACAAAUUUAGCAUAUUGUACCCAAAUCAUUAAAGUUUAACAGCCAUGCAAAGGCCACAUGGUAGAAGUUUUAUAAAUCCAGUUUGAUCUACACUUUACUUUCAAAGCGCUAUUUAAUGUAUAUAAUUCUAUAAUUCAUUUCAUUUUGUAAUGUGGCCAAAAAUCUGCCAUCUGUAAGAUAAUGUCCACAUAACUCACUGACCUGUAAUACCUAGCGUAUAAGGCUCUGCGUCUAGAUUUUGUGGAUUGCACUUUUGGAAUUGUGGGUGCCUGUAGGCAAAGACCCCCCCCCCCCCCAACAAUUCUUAUCUUUUCUUACCUUCUAUGUUUGCCCUUUCUUUGGCAAUACUAGACUAAGCAAGAUUUUUGUUUUGUUUUUGUUCCAACUAUUUUGUGGCCGCUGCAAUGCCCACACUAAUGACUGGCGGUAUUAUAACUUAAAACCUAUAUAUUUUAUAUAACGAAGCAGUAGAACGCUUAAAAACCUCGAUUUGCUGUAUGUAGUCAGUCUGCUGUUGUAAUAGGACUCUUUACUGUCUGCAGCUAAUCAUGCCCCUAGACAAUAAAACAAAAGUAAGAUUUGCUUGAAUGUUAUAUUGGUGGUAGACAGGUUCUGCUUGCAGGAGCUACCAGUUUAAUAAAAGCAGGGUUUAAAGUGUCCUGUCAAUAGAAAAAGCAAAAAUUGAAGCUUAAAGCAAUCUGUUUGUUAGGACUGGUAUUCAUUGUUUGUGUUUUUUUUUUUUUUUUCUCUGAUCAAUAAACUGAUUUUCA